AUGGCGGCAGUAUCUUCCCCGACUUCAGUCUGAAUUGUUGUCUGUUCAUUUCCUUGAAAAGCAUCGGGAAAGUUUAUGAUGACUUCGAAUUUAAGAGACUAUUUAUUGUUUUGUGUUUUGUUUAAAUAAAAACUAAGUGAUUGGUUUAAUUUGUGUGUUUUGCUGGAAUCUAUAUUGUGUGACAGAAUUUAUGUACUUGUUAUUCACGUAUGCAAAGGCAUUGAUCACGUAUGACGAAACAUGGAGAGCGUCGACAACAAUACCAUAUCAUAUGACAAACUUAUUAACUUUAAUCAAAGACAUGUGAUCAACAGUACAAUGAUCAAAGAGACAUGGCCUAUAGAGAAAUGUUUGGAACUUCACUUGACAAACGAAACAUACAACGAUAACAUAAGCAAUGUAUUUAUUUACAACAACACUGAAAUUUACUGCUUGGAACACGCGCCUUUACUCACUAGAAGUAGAAUAGUUAGAGCGAGCAUACUUUCAGUCAUGGCAGUUUUAUCGUUUGUUGGAAAUUUUGCGACGAUGAUAAGCGUACAAAGAGGGAAACGCUGUCGCAGACGUGCGAGGCCGUCUUGGACUGCUAUUUACAGUCUUAUCUUUCAACUGAGUAUAGCUGACUUAUUCGUGACUCUAUUUUGUAUAGCUGGUGAGGCAGCUUGGUCGUUCACUGUGCAGUGGUAUGGCGGAAAUGUUUUGUGCAAAUUGUUUAAGUUCUUACAAAUGUUCGCGUUGUAUUUGAGUACGUUUGUGUUAGUGUUGAUUGGUGUAGAUAGGUGGUUGGCUGUCAAAUAUCCAAUGAAGAGCAUGGGUACUGCAACUAGGAGUACGAGAUUACUCAUUGUGGCAUGGAUUUUGAGUAUUGUUCUAAGUAUUCCCCAGACAAUAGUUUUUAGGGUAGUAAAAGGUCCGUUCGUAGAAGAAUUUCAUCAGUGCGUGACACAUGGCUUCUAUACAGAGCCUUGGCAGGAGCAGGCAUAUACUACUCUCUCUCUGGUCUUCAUGUUUGUAAUUCCACUCAUCAUCUUAGUGUCUACUUAUGUGUCUACAGUGAGAACUAUUGCAAAAAGUGAAAAAGUAUUUCAACCAGAAACAAUCAGACAAGAAAAAUACGUAACACCUGAUCUGAACAGAAGAAGGCUAAUAGACCGUGCCAAAAUGAAAUCACUUCGGAUGUCAAUUGUAAUUGUAGUGACGUUUAUUGUCUGGUGGACACCGUACUAUAUAAUGAUGUUAAUUUUUACUUUUGUAAAUCCUACAAAGAGUGUCGUUGACGAUUGGAUGUCAGCGAUAUUCUUCUUCGGUAUGUCAAACAGUCUAGUCAACCCUGUGAUUUACGGAGCCUUUCAUCUGUGGCCUAAAAAACGUUCACGUAAUAGUGAAAGGGAUUCCGGGCAACCUGCUUCAUUUAUUCGUCGUGGUGAUCAGACCUCAUCUAUACGACUGACUACCAUCAGAUCAAUGAGAUCAUCUGCGAAAUACACAAACGGACAAAAUAUGAGUCUCUUAUAAUAUUAUGAGAAGUGUUUUUGCUAUAUAAAUUAAGUACCCCACACCCACUCAUUGUAUAAAUACCUAUGUAAUGAAAUGUCAUUGACUGAAUUAUUUGUAUUGUGAAUAUAUAGAUAUUUCUAAGUCAAACAAAAUAUAGACUCCGGAAAAGAAAUCACCAUGAAUUAUAUACUAAAACCAUCUACGAAACAUCUUAUGGUAUAACUUCUAUACCGAUCGGAUCAGUGGUAUUCAAAGUACAACCGAAAGAAAAAAAAAGGCUCUCAAUUUAUUAGUAAAUAGUAUAGAUUAAGAAUCUCCGCUGCGCCCCAAAUAGAUAAUGCAGGCAUAAUUGCAAAGUACGGCAACUAAUACUACUAUUAAGUGGGCGUACUGGAACCAGUGUCGAACAAUGUGUGACGUUAAAUUUUGCUAAUAAUUGAAACCAAAAUCCCGGUUUGCGUAGUAAAACUUUGUAAAAAUAAUACUACUAGAAAUAAGGAACACACUGGGAUCUCAUAUCAUCAGUAAGUUAUUUUGUAUUUUAUUUAUUUCAAUGUUAAAUAACACAUGUUACAAAAUUUUGAAAGAUGUUAUUGAGCGUCAAGAUGCCACGCAGGCAAGCAUCUAAUAGUUGCCGUAAUAAAAAAGCAAUUGUUCUUAGGCAGUGCGGUAUCUAGUUGGAGUGUAGCGUAGACCAAUUCUUAAUCGAAGGUAAAUAGAUAUCCAUCAUAAUUCUGAAAAUGAAAGUAUUGUUGUCAUUGCGUUACAAGGUUCGUUAGUAGUUAAAAUGUCUUGAUCAUGAGAUAAAAAUAUUCCUUUUAAUUGAUUAUGGUUAACCGACAAAUUGUGCUAUUUUUGAGGUUUUAAUAUUAUCACUGUUGAUUAGGUAGACAAGUUUUUAGUUGCUUAUUGUGUGACUAAUGUAAGUGGAUCAUUCAUCAGUACUUCAAAUGUUUA